GGUAACCGUGGAGGGUGAACGUGUACGCUCUAGGAGACGACCAGACUUCAUGUUCAGUGCUCUCAUUCAGCACAGCCGUGUCAGUGAUUAGAAUACGAUCAGGAAUUUUGAAAAGUGCGUCGAUUGCCAAACAUUUGUGUUGUGUGAAUUCAUUGGGAUUGGAAAGCAGCCAACGCUUAGGCCUCAUUUGGAUUUAAAGGGGUCAAGGCGUUUUCUUCGUGUUUUUUUCUCUCUCUGGAUUCUGUAAGAUGAAAGCAAACUGAUGCCACCGUACCCGUUCCCCACUCCCCCCUGGGCCUAGGCCUACUCAAGUUGAUGGUUGAUAAUGAGGGUCAAUGAUAAUGGAGUCAAUGCGGGCCUACUACGAAUACCCCCCCACCCAUGCCAACAUGCCCGCCAGAGAGUAUGGAGGGGGUGUAACCAUAAGCAAAUCAAAGAGAUCCUUAACAGACCUACUGAAGUUUCGGUCACGCACCAAAGAGCGCCAGCUGUCUCCAGCUGGGACAAAUCAUACACCACAUCACAUUCAGCCUGCUGAAAUAAAUUAUAUGGCAGAAUACAGACAGAAAUAUGGAGCUUACAAUGGUACAGUUGGACGCAGUACAUCUUAUCAAUCUAUGACUGUGGUGAAAAGUAUUUCUCCACCGCCAUUGCCAGUGCCAAAUAAUAAAGUACCAAAAGGUUACCCAAAGCAUCAUGCUAAUGGAUAUCAUAAGCAUGGUGGUUCUGGCACAGUAUCAGCAGCCACUGGUGCAACCAUGGCUUCCACUGUACGUUAUACUGAUUGGUUUGGUUCAGUGGUUGGUAGGAGGCCUCCUGUCCGUCCUCCACUACCUUCUUUUGGUCCACCACCUAUUGCUGCUCCUCUUCCAGAAAAAGGUGGAGCUUGGGACCACUAUGUAACCCUUGAUCCUGUUUAUGAGUCUCCAUGUGUAGUUCCUGUACAAUUGUAUAGUAAUGUAUGCCUUUGCCCAAAUCAGCUAGUUAGCACUAAAGGACGAAAAAAGAAAAAAUGCAAAAGAUGUGGCAACAAAAUAGCUACAGUGCGACAUGCAACCACUACUGCUGUUACAAAAACAAGACCAGCUCUGCCUUUAAGUAUGUACCAACCAGGACCAAUGCCACCAACUGUACCUACUCAGCACUCCUGGGGAUGGCAGGUUUUAGAGGAGAGAGUUUAUGAACGCUGUGAAGUGGCAGCUCAGCCUUACCCUCAUAUACCUGCACAUAGUCCUAGUGAUGAUGAUGAAUCUCCACCACCAACUCCAGAAACUGUUCGCAGUGUAAGAAGUGUGCGUAGUGCAAGAAGUGCAAAAAGUAGUGACAGUUCUGCCACAAUUACUCGUGACUGCCCUGAACCUUCGAGACCAGCACCUCCUCUUCCAAAUAGUGUUCGUGCAUUACCCCCUCCUCCAGAAUCAGAGUCAUCACCAUCCACAAUUAACAGUGCCAAAGAGUCUACAAAUAGUGAAAAACAAAAUGCACGCAAUUCUAUCCUUCUUGAGAAUCCUUCUGCCUAUCAGUUGAUAUCUCGGUAUAAGCAGCCAAAUGCUCAGAUAAGUUCAGACACAGAUGAGCUCAGUGAUAAUGCUAUUGAUACCCAAUAUGAUGAGUGGGAUACUGAUAAAUCCAGUCAUUCAUCGAGAAGUAAUCAAGGAAAACGUGUGAAUGUUAUUAAUAUUGGAGAUUCUUCCAGUUCAUCUCCUAUUAGCACUAGCAGUUCAUUACUGACAAAUGUUAAAGACAUUAAUCGAAUUCAUAUAGAUACCGGGUCUAGCAGUGAUCAAAUGGGCAACAUGAAUGUUAAUUCAGCUACAUGUGAAAACAGCAGUUCCCAGAGCAGCAGUUCUACUCCGAUAAAAACAUCAAGUAGCAACAUCAGUCUUAAUUUCUCAAGCAAUAAUAGUCUUUCAUCAUUCACAAGCCAAACAUCAUGUAACAGCAAGAGAACUUCAUCCAGUGCCAAGAUUGUUCCAUCCCCUAACAGAAUUGAUCCAAGUAGUAAAAUGUUUACCCCCAGUAAAAGUUCCUCCACUCACUAUAAAAAUAACAGCUCACAUAAUAUAAUUAAGAAUAAAACAUCUUCAUCCAAAAACAGUCAGGUGGAUAAUAAUAACAUAAAUAACAAGAAUGUAACUUCCAACAAAAAAAGUUCUCCACAUUCAAAAGAAGCAUUGUCAAACAACUUAAACUCAUCUCUCAGUAACUAUACAAUGAGUCAGAUUAAAAAAGAUCUUUGUAAUGGGAACCAUAGUAGUUCAGAUGUAACUGAAAAACACAAUUCAGGGGUGAAAAAAUUACAUGACUCUAGUGAAUUGCAGAAAGGGGGCAACACUGUACGCAUUGCAGGACAGAGAAUGUUUGUUCUUGGUCCAGGGGCACAUCAGCCUGAUAAUCACUCAGGAUUUUCAAGUUGUGAGGAAGAUGAUACAGCUGCUGAUGAUGACACCAGUGAUUAUCCUGUAUCUUCACCAACAACUCAAGGUUCAGAUACAGACACGUUACCUGAGGAAGAGAAUUUACCAUUAGAUUCAUCAAUUUCUUUGUAUAAUUUGAGUGACUCUUACUUGGAUGCUGAUGCACAACUAGACUCAACUAUAUCACCAAAGGAAACAGAAGGUAUACACAGUGAUCGGUGGAUCCCUGCACGAGACACAAUUUAUGAGGAGGAGGAAGAUGAAGUUGAAGAAAAUCAGCAAAAUCAGAACUCUACUGAUGCUGAUGAAGAUUCAACUAUGCUUGGAGAGGAGGAUGACAAAGAUACCAGCAUUAGUUCCUCAUCUACGAGUUCUCCUACCCGUAAUGAAGGACCACAUCCAACUCUGUCUGAGCUUCUAAAAGUAAAAUCUAUUCUUAAAAAGCCUCCAUCUGUGGACACCAGCUCGGAAACUGAUUCAGACUUCUAUUUACCGACUUAUUCAGAGUUUAAACAGAACCAGAGGAAGAAAAAGCAGGUUCAGUUCAGGUCAUCUCAUGAAGUAACAGUAAUAGAAGAUGCAGGAGAAUCCAAAGGACGUAAAGUGUCAUCUGUCAGGAAUUCUAGAAGAGAGAGGGAAAAGGCCAAAGAAAAGCAAAAAAAUAAUUAUAACCUGAUAGCAGAUUUACAGGAUAUUUAUGCUAGAGGAAACUUCAUGAGUACUUACCAAUCUCAGGUAGAUAAUGAAUGUAAUAAUUCCAGGGUAGAGAGUGGUAUGUUGAAUUUUGAAAAUGCAAAGAAACCUCUGUUCACAGACAGUGGAGAGAAUAUUUAUAAAGACUUUGAAAGUAAACAAAUAGAAUAUUCUGAACAGAAUUUUCAUAGUGAUGGCAGGGGAGAAGGUUUACAAAAUAUUAGUGAUGGAGGAGACUGGGAUGCUUGCCAAACAGCUGAUGAUAAUGAAGGAGAAGGUGAUCACAUUGGACACAGUAUCCAUCGUAGUCUGGAUGAGCAUCAGACCCCGAAUGAGAAUACUUUGAAUUUCCAAGAUUCUGAACACUUGAACUUAGCCCAAAAUUCAAAGUCACCUCUUUCAGCCUUUAGCACCCCAUCUCCAACCACUAAUGUACCAACUAGACAAGCUCCUCCUCCACCUAAAAGCCGUACUUUGAGUCCUCCUAGGCCUAAUGUGCCUCCACCUCCACCUCCAACUUCCUACAAAAAAGCUUCACCUCCUGCCUUGGCAGCUUCAAGUCUUUCAUCUCCAGGAAGUCGCCCACUUCCUUCUCCUCCUGUAAUACCUCAAAACUAUCCACUCAUGCCCAUUGUUCCAUCAUCGCCACCACCAUCACCAACACCUCCCCCCCUCCCUACAUCACCACCACCAAUGCUUGAUGGCAGUGAAGAUACAGAUCUCAUAAUCAAGCCUUCCCAGAAUAGUCCUUCUUUACAAAAUCCUACUUUUCAUAGUUUCAAGUCUGAUUUAGCAGCUUUGUCAACCCCAGUUACUUCAUCUUCAACCAUUCCUAAAUCUCCUGAGAAAGCCUUCCCAACAUCAAGCAUUAGAGAAGUUCUUCCACCGCCUGGUUCUGUCUCUGUUUUUGGAAAUGAAGAAGAAAUCCGCACAGCCACUAUACGUGGACGUGGUGCUGCACACACUCGAUCUUCCAUUUUGAGUGCCUUUUCACCUGCAGUCCCAAGCACUACCCCAACAGCCUCUAGUCCCCCUACUGCUCCACGCAGACGUAACAGAAAUCGCUCUCUCAGUCCGGACACAAAUGAUACCAUGACCAUUGGUGCUCUAAAAAUGGUUGCUGGUCGUGGUAGGAGAAUGUCAUUCUUGAAUAGUCUUGUAGGUGAUGAAAACCCAUAUGAACAAAUAACGGAUCACAUUUAUGAAGAACUACUUUCCAGUCACUCUCCCUCAUAUAGUUCAUCUUUAAAUUCUCAAAACAGUCCAAGACGUAGUUCACCUACGCAUAAAUCUCCGUCUCCAGGGAAAUCAAUGUUUGAAGGGGCAUCAAAGCAUGAAAUCUUAGAAUAUCUUCAGGAUGCUCGACGUCGAGUUGCCAUUAGUGCUGAAGACGAUGAAGAAGAAGACAGAUUACAGGGCCUAGUGACUUCUUCAUUGGAAGCUGAGAUGGAUAUGGAAGAUGAGGAAGAGGACCAGUUGGGCGUUGAACCUGCAGAAGAUCAUUUUGCAUCCCUCACUUCAAGAAAUAGAGGCUACAGGUCAUCAAACAUGAGUUCAAAUUCUGACUCCUCUGAAAAUAGUGGUCUUUUGAGAUCUGAUAAGGAGAGAUUAGCAUCAGGUGAAAUAGAAAGAACAGACUCAGGAGUAGGAUCUGAGACUAGUAAGCCAUCUGUCAUCGUUAGACGCAGCAGAACAGGUAUUACAUCUUCAAGAGAGAGUGACCUGCCCUUGUGCGAUGAUUGUGAUUCUCCUGUCGACACUCACAUCACCAACAGUGGCGUUGUUUAUGCUCCUCUUGUGUGUCGCCGGUGCUCUCGUCGACGUCAAGAACGAAAGGAAAUAUUGACAGAGAUAAUGGAAACUGAAAUUAAGUAUGGAAGAGAUCUGAGAGUCAUGAUAGAUGAGUUUUAUAGGCCAAUAUUAGUUGCGGGUUUACUAACAAGGGACCAACUCUCAGAAAUAUUUCUAAAUGUUGAGGAGCUUCAGGAGCACAAUCGUACGUUUUCUCUACAACUACGUGAUGCCCUUGAAAUUGCCUUGGAUCAGGGAGAUGAAGACUUACUUACUGUCAAUGUUGCAAAGCUUUUCCUUCAUGCAGCACCUAUGUUGCAUGCUUUUGAAAAUUACUGUGUAAGACAUGGAUCAGCAUCAUUGCUUCUCCAGACUCUUGAAAAGGAAAAGGAACUUUUGAGAAUAUUUUUGAAGGUCUCACAAAUGGAAAACACAUUGUUAAGGCGGAUGAAUCUUCAUUCUUUCCUCAUGGUACCUGUUCAGCGUGUUACAAAGUACCCAUUGUUACUAGCUAGAUUAUACAAGACAACACCCCCUACACACCCAUCUCGUGAAGACUGCAGAAGAGCCAAAGAAAAAAUUGAGUUGCAUUUACAGCAUAUGAAUAAUGAAACAAAAGAAGUCAGUCCAACUAAGCUUUGGCGAAGAUUUUCGAUGAGUGUUGGAAGUGCUACUCCUCUUAAACGUUCACUUCAACCCCAUGAUCAUACUACCAAUCUUAAGUUAAGAAAGUUGGCCUUAGAGGUAUUAGAAUGGAGCCAAGACAAUGCCAGAGUUGUGAGAGAAGGUAGACUAUUUUGCUUAGCCCCUGAUUCAAAUAAUUGGACACGACGAGGACGUUCUUUGAAAAUGGCUUCAGUUCAUGUUCUUCUCAUAACUCAGGGAACUCCUCAAGCUGUGUUUGAGGAUGAGAUAUCAGAAGAUGGUCUAGUUACUCCUAGAGAUCUUGGAAUUAGAGAUGCUGCGGUACUUGCAUUUAAGGAUCACAAGGUUUCUAAAGCUGCUCUCAUGAGGCAAGAGCCAUGGAUUCUAAGUCGAUGUGUGAUAGCAUGGGAAGCUGAAGGUGAGACAGAAUGCUUUGAAAUCACCGAUCUUAAUUCCAAAGAUACAUUUAUAUUUAAGGGCAGUGAUAGCACAAGCACAGAAGCCUGGUUCCGAUACAUUCAGUUCCAUGCCUUGUCCGUUGGUAUGUGGAAGAGAAGACGGCCAGCUCUUGCCAACAUCAUGAUCAAUGGCAUGCACAGGAAUUAGAAGUUAUGUAUUUAUUUAUUUAUUAAGAACUUUUUGAUCAUGAAAGGGUAAACUCUAUGGCAUUAAGAGCAAAAGCCAAAGAUUGGAAAUAUUCAUGUAGGCCUGUCAUGCAAGUUGUAGCCACCAGGUACAACCAGAACAAUGAAUGACAAAAUGAGUUAUGAAAAUUUAGAUUUUACAAUUUACAUGCGUAAAUUUCUGUAUCAUGAGAAAUUAUUUGGUAUUAAGAAAUAUCCAGUUUGGAUUUACAGACUUUAGUCUUGCAAGUAACAUUUCUCCUCAAUAGAAAUUGAAUGCAAUUACCAAUACUUAUACAAAAGCUCUUAAUAUGAAACCUCUUAAUAUGAAGACAACGUUUAAUGCUAAUUUUGAUAAUUUCAUAUCAAGUACCAGAAGUCACAGAAAUAGAAAUAGAAAUAUGUUCUCUCCAUUCAGCAUUUGGAAUGUAAACAUUUAAUCAUAUAUACUAAUGACUCUGCCUUGGUGGAUCACUAUAAUGAUGCAUGGAGUUAUAAUCAAGGACUACAUUGUGACGUAGUUAUUAAACCAAAAGAUGAAAAUUAUAAUUCCUAUUAGUUUAGAUCUAUACUAGCUGUUACACCUGUGAUGCAACAAAUCUAUUUUGUAUUCUUGAUUGAAGCAAAUGCUUUAUGAAUGUAUCAUAUGAAGUUUUAAUGAUUUAUUGGCACUACACAGGGGCUGAAGUGCUUGAAGUGCCAAAUCAUCUCUUCAGCUAACUCAGGCAUAUACAUAACUAAGCUUUGAUCUGAAUUUGGUAACCCUCCCAUCCUGGUAACCUUCUGUACUACAUCUUCUUUGUUUCAUUUCAAUGGUUUGUACAUCUUCAAAUGUAUAACCAUUUGCUCCUUCCAUUUUUGCAAUAUUGAAAAAUUGUCCAUAAAGAUUACAUUACAUUUUUAUUUUAACUUUUAAUUAUCAGUUUCCUUUAGUUAUUAGAUGUUUCCAUAUUUUUACUUCACUCUCAAAUGAGGAAACCGAUUGUUUACUUAUUUUGUCAAAUGUAUUACUCAGUUGUGUGUAGUUAUAUGUGUCCUGUUUUUGAGUCUGGCAUUUUACAAUGAUCUGGAUCUGUCAUUAGGUUUCCUCACUUAAUUUUGUUUUUACUAUGCUAUGUUGUAAUUCCUUCAAUAGAUUCAGUCAGUUUUUCAUGUGAAAAAUUCUUCAAGCUCUUUUCUUAUGGUCUCAUGCAUACUUUAACAGUUACUCUUUCGAUAAAAUAACUUGCUUUUUACCUUGCUUGUAUAUAGUUUUCCUUUUACAGUGACGCAGUUUCUAAAACAUAUUUCAUUGCAGUAAAGUGUAUAGUUUUGUAUAUAGGGAUUUAAUGUUUUAAUAUAUGUACAUAGGAAAAUGUCUUAUAUUUAAAGUGUGAUUAAUAAAUUCUGAAAUUAAAA